GAAAGAAAGUAAACGUGAUGUGAAUAACCACCACGAUGUGAAUAACCAUGAUGUAAAUAACCAUAAUGUGAAUAAUCAUGAUGUGAAUAAUCAUGAUGAGGAUUACUGUGAUAUGAGUAACAGUGAUAUGUCAAUUUCACCAAUAUCAAUGUCUCCAAAGAUUAAUGUUUGCUCCGCAUCAGAAGUAAGUAGAAGUGCUCCGGUUAUUAAACGUAAAGGUCGUGGUGAAGUUAGUGAUGGAUCGAAAAUGGAUAAAUACUUUGAAAAAGAUUAUGAUCCCAUGUACGAUUUUGAAAAAUUUGCUUGGCUUAAUUACGUUGCAGUCAAUAAAAAAAAAACUAAAGUUGUACGUGAAUGGGAUAUGCCAAAAUUAAAUGGCUGUUGGGAUCUUGAAAGUUUAAAAACCAACGAAGAGGUUACUUAUAAUGGUGUGCGCGAAUGGGAUAAACCCAAGUUAGCAUCCGGCUCUUGGGAUCCUGAAAAUAUAAAAUCUAAAGAUGAUGAAAAAAAAUUAGUUUAUGAUGGUGUGCGUGAAUGGGACAAACCCAAAUUGGCAUCGGGUUCUUGGGACCCUGAAGACAGCAGUGAUUAG